AUGGCUCGCGCGUCUCGCGUCCUGACUCUCGCCGUGACUUUGGCCUUUGCGGCCUUCGCCCUAGCUGCCGACCAAGAUUGUCCAACCAAGCCAAGCGAGACUCCUCUGGAGUUCGCACCAGUGGCAAAGGCCUGCGGUGCUGACCAAGGCGACAAAUUCUGCAGCUCGUGCGUGUGCUCCCUGGUGGACACCUACAUGCCGGCCUUCAUUGCCGCCAACUUGACGGCCACCGCCACUGAAUUUCCUGUUGAAAAGGCGGCCGGCAUCAUCACAGCUUGCACCACCACGUACUACCCCAGCCUUGAGGCAGCCAAAGUGAACGUCACCCAGGUGGCGGCCCUUGGCAAUUCUGCUGCGCCCGCGCUGCGAGUCGCCACCGUCGCCGCCGGCCCGAACGGCCCGAGCGUCACGCUGGCCGGCCAGCUCAACAGUGUGGCAGACCUGGCCGCCGCCAUGGCUGCCUCCAAGGAGCUGCUGGCUGCACUGAGCCCCGAGCAGGCGGCUGCCCUCAAGGCCCUUGACCCCGCCAAAGUGACCGCCUCCCCUGAGCUCGUCGAGUACAUUGCCGCCCUGUUGAUCACGCUCGACGCGUACCUCGGAUGGGCUGGGAUCGUCAAUUCGUACUUCAGCGAAGAUGUGCUGCUGAUGUGGCGGAUGACGUCCUUCAUGGUGGCGCUGCUGUUGGCCUUUCGGGUCAAUCGGGUGUACCUGCGUUGGUGUGCGGCGCUGCAGGCGUUUGGAGGAAUCGGCACCGCCGCGGUCACGCUGGCGCAGCAGGCGGUGCUGUGGGUGCACGACCCACUGCUGCAGGCGGAGCUUCUGGCAUGGUGCGGUGUCUGGCAGUACAGCGUGCAGCACGUGUGCGCGCGUGCGCAGCGGCUGCACAAACGGGGGGCGGCGCUGCUGACAGAGGGGCAGCUAGCGUACUACCACUCACACCCCAAGCCGCGGCAGCUGGUGGUGCUGCAGCUGCGGCAGCUGAUAACCCUGGCGCUGGACCCGGUCAGGGAUUACGCGCUGUUUCAGCAGAUGAACGACACCUUGAAUAAGGGCUCAGCGGACAUGGGCACCUGCGGCCGCACGUUCUUCUACGCCAUGCCCUGGGCCCUCUCGGCUAUCUGCACCUGCUUCCUGCAGACCUGGCUGAUCCUGAUGCCGGCGGCGACAUCAGUCAACAGCCACCCCGCGGCGGCGGCGGCGGCGGCGGCCGGGGCGGGGUCCGCGGCCGCGUACCGGCUGGCGCCAAAGCUGGCGGUGGACAUGAUGCUGUAUUCGCUGGCGUGCGCGAUGCUGCUGGGAGUGGACGAGGUGGCGGCGCAGCUGGAGCAGCCGUUCCCGUUCGUCCCUAUGAUUGACAUGGCGGAUGCCACCCUGAGAGCGGUGGAGAGGGCGCCCACUGAGACUAGGCGCAUGGCUGAUCUCAUGCCUCAGCGCGCGGCUGACCCUGGGCCGGACGCGGCGGUCGCUGCUGCUGCUUUGCCUCUGCCUGCUACGCUGAUUUCAGCCAGCAGCAAGGACGAGAGGCACCUGCAGCGCGUCUCGGUCUACGUUCACUCCUCAUGA